AUGGUAUGGGGAAUAGGGGCUAUUGCGUUAAAGCCUGGAAUUUUGAGAUUUAUGCGGUGGACUCCCAAUUUUUCUCCAUCCAAUCAGAGAAACACUAAUGCUCAAGUGUGGGUGCGGAUUUGGGACUUGGGUUUAGAAUUUUGGGAACCUAUUACUCUUUUUGAGAUUUCUCAUGGAAUUGGUGUUCCUAUUAAAGUUGAUCAGCAAACCUUGGAUAGGAGGUGUGGCAUGUAUGCUAGGGUUUUGGUCGAUGUUGAUUUGUCCUCUGAUCCUCCAUGUGAAUUGACUGUACGUAGGAAAACUGGGGAGAUUGUAGUGGUGGAGGUUGAGUACGAGCGCCUCCCUGACUUCUGCUAUCACUGUGGGAAUGUGGGCCAUAGGGUUUCUUCAUGUAAUUUGUUACAGAAAUGUACAAAUUCAAUGCAGCAUGAGGAGACUGAGGGUGCUCGUGGCCGUUCACGUAUGCCUCGUCGCCGCCGACGUAAAACUAAGCAGGUUUAUGUUAAAAAACAGCAGGAAGAACGCGAUAAUGGGAAGCAAGUGAUUGUUGCUAAUACUUCUCCUCCUGUGAUAGAUGAUCCUAGAGAAGGGCCGUCUUUCACUAGGAUGUCUCCCCUUCCUAAUCCUAUUGCAACACAGCUAAUGGGUAAUGCAAGUGGUACUGAUGGUAACAUGGAUCUUGCUGUGGAGGUGGAGCAUCCUGCCCCUUCCGUUGUGCAACCUGUGGAGCCGGUCACCAGGGAGAUACAGAUACCAGUGGCUAGUAUGCCUUUACUUGAGAAGGUGCGGCCAAGUAGGGAAAAGGUGCUUGACGAUUCUAGUGAAAAUGAUAGUGCUCAGAAUGUUAAUGGUGAGGAGGUAGUGAUACCUGAGCCUUUAAAGGUGGUUGCCUCCUCUCAAAUUUCUCUUUGGUAUGAAGAAACUCAUCGUCUUGAGGAAGAAGAAGAAUUUACAACAGUUGUGUCCAAAGCUCAGAAGAAGUCUAUGCGUAGGGCAGCUCAAAUUGAGAACAGGGAGGAGUACCUCCGUCGUAUUAAAACGGUUUCUCAAUGA